AUGUCAUCAACGGAAUCGCAGGCGAAAGAUCAAGUGAUGGGAAAUCUCGGUUCCCAUCUUUCACCUCUUCUACUCGGUAUGGGUGUAGACUCCCUCCUGAUGGGAGUGGCCAUCUGUCAAUUCACAAGAUGGUGGAACCAUUCCAAAACAGAAGCAGGCCAUAUCCGAUUCUUAGUUUACCUUGCUUCUAUUGGAGGUGUCAUAGGAACCAUCUUUACUUGGGCAACUACUUUACAUAUGUUCUCGUAUGAAUAUGGGAAUUAUUCACAAUUCAUGAAAUGUGAUUGGAUCGCAUGGUACGGUGUUAUAGAUCCUCUAACUAAAAUCAGUGUACAAGCAUUCUACGCUGAGAGAGCAUGGAGAAUCAAUAGACGAAAUCAUGUCAUCUUAUUUUCUAUUGGACUUUGUCUUUGUUUAUCGGUUACUGGAUCUGUCGGAUAUGCUUUUGUAACAAGAACUAAAACGAUGGAUCAGUUUGAUACUACUGCAAAUGUCUUCUUCUACCUUUGGCCCGGAGCUUGUAUCAGUGCCGAUUUGAUCAUCACUUCUUCAAUCAUGUAUGGUCUAUAUCAUUCGAGAUCCGGAUUAGAACAUACGAAUAAACUAGUGAAGAAAUUGAUGAGAAUAUCAUUGGAAGCUCAAGUACCUCCUACCAUCGUGGCACUUACUUUCUUCUUGAAUUUCGCUGCAAGUUCAAUGUCUAGUAUAGUUCAAUUCAUCGCCAUCAUCCAUCCUAAAGUAUACCUUAUAGGUUGUCUAGCAAUAUUGAACAGUCGUGAAGAUCUUCGAAAUAAUGAAAAUAAAACAAGUUACGUAUAUGCCUCGGGCGGAUCUGGAUCAUAUGGUAGUGGAAGUUCAGGUUCUAGGACAUUGGAGAAAAUGCAACAAAGUGGCGGUAUAACCAUUGAAACAGAGACUUAUAUCUGUUCCGAUGGAGGAUUGGUCAUACCUAGACCAGGACUUAAUCGGUCUUUCUCUGAUACCAAGAAUUUCGGCUCUGAGAGUACUCAUUCAGAUCCUGCAACAGAUUCUCAAGCUAUACAACUAGCAGAAAAAGGUGGUUUGGGCACUCCGUUGGAGUUUGAAAUCAGGUUACAGUAA